AUGAACAAGUUACGUACCUUUAAAGAUUUUACAAGAAUUCCAACAAUAUUUUAUUCUUCUAUUGGAAUGCAACCACAUCAAAAUAAUUCAGUUAAAUCUUUUUUAAGUAAUUUUUUAUUUUAUUUUGGUGAAAUAAAUCUUAAUAUUUGUGUUGUGGGUGAAUUUAUUUAUUUAUAUUUUGCAAUCGGAUCAUUUUCAACAUUUUUGGAAGCAACUGCUUUGGCACCAUGUAUUGGAUUUUGUUUAGUUAGUGAUUUUAAAAUGAUUGCUAUUUGGUUUAAUAAAAAUCUUUUAUUGAGUAUGAUGAAAGAAUUAACGGAUAUUUUUCCAAAAACACUUGAAUUACAAAAUGAAUUUAAAGUAAUAAAAUAUGAAAAAACUAUUAAUAUAAAUAUGAUUCCGUUUGCAGCAUUAUACAUGAUAUUAAUUUGGACAUUUAAUUUAAUGAAUUUAGUUACAUCAACUUGGAAAUAUUUAUUUAUGAAUAUGGAAUUUAAACCUAUUCAACCAUAUUUUAUAUGGUAUCCAUUUAAUGAAAAUUCACCAAUAUCUUUUCCAAUUAUUUAUUUGUUACAAUGUCAUGCUGGUUAUAUAGCAGCAGUUGGAACUCUUGCAACUGAUUUAUUAUUAUGUUGUAUUGUUAUUCAAUUAUCAAUGCAUUUCGAUUAUUUAUCAUACAAGAUUGAAACUUUUGAGCCAACUUAUAGUAUGGAUGACAUGAAAAUUUUAAAUGGUUACAUUAAACAUCAUACUAAGUGCUUAAGAUUAGCUGAACAAAUAAAUCAAAUGUUUGGUGUUUCACUAUUUUUAAAUUUUUUUACAUCGACUAUAAUUAUUUGCUUAGUGGGAUUUCAAGUUACAGCUGGUGUUGGAACGACCGAUUUAAUUAAAUACUGUUUAUUUUUAAUUUCUUCAUUAAUACAGGUAUUUCUCCUAUGUUAUUAUGGAACUGUCUUAAUUGAUGCGAGUUCAAAUAUAUCUAAUGCCACAUAUAAUUCAAAUUGGGUUUCUACUAGCCUAAAAUAUCAAAAAUCUUUAUUAUUAAUAAUUCAAAGAUCACAAAAACCUGCAAUUCUUGACGCCCCAAUAUACCAUAAAAUAUCUUUAGACAUUUUUACAACGGUUGUCAGCUUAUCAUAUCAGUUUUUUACUUUACUGAAAACAAUGUAUUCGGAAGAAUAAA